UUAUCGGAACUGUUUUGGUUUUGCUCCCUCCGUUCCUCACCAUGGGCAACUGUUGCUCGGGCAACGCUGCCGAUGGCCCGGCCGACAGCGACGCCGCUGAUGACAAGGGAGAAACCAACCAUCAAAAUAGCAUGCGUUCAGACAGCAACAACAAAAAUAAUGGCGAGGAUAACGCUGGCGCCACCGCUACCACCCCACCGGCAUCGGCGCCGCCACCUACGGUCACGUCACCUCCUUCGAAAUCCUCAAAACCGGGCGCCAUGGGCCCUGUCCUGGAGCGGCCGAUGGAGGACGUGAGAGCAACGUACACCAUUGGGAAGGAGCUAGGGAGAGGGCAGUUUGGUGUGACGCAUUUGUGCACGGACAAAGUAACUGGUGAACAAUUUGCAUGCAAAACCAUUGCCAAGAGGAAGCUUGUGAGCAAGGAGGACAUAGAGGACGUGAGAAGAGAGGUGCAAAUCUUGCACCACCUCUCGGGCCAACCCAACAUUGUGGAACUUAAAGGUGCCUAUGAGGAUAAACAAUCGGUGCAUUUGGUCAUGGAGCUUUGUGCUGGUGGUGAACUUUUCGAUCGUAUCAUUGCCAAGGGCCAUUACACUGAACGUGCUGCAGCUUCUUUGCUCAGAACCAUUGUCCAGAUUGUUCACACCUUCCAUUCCAUGGGUGUCAUUCACAGAGAUCUUAAGCCUGAGAAUUUCCUCUUGUUGAGCAAGGAUGAAAAUGCACCCCUCAAGGCCACGGAUUUUGGUCUAUCCGUUUUCUUCAAAGAAGGAGAAAUGUUCAAAGACAUUGUCGGAAGUGCAUAUUACAUUGCUCCUGAGGUUUUGAAGAGGAAAUAUGGGCCAGAAGUUGACAUAUGGAGUGUUGGUGUCAUGCUAUACAUUCUUCUAUGUGGUGUUCCUCCAUUUUGGGCAGAAUCGGAACAUGGUAUAUUCAAUGCCAUCCUAAGAGGCCACGUUGAUUUUACAAGCGAUCCAUGGCCUUCAAUUUCACCUUCAGCAAAGGAUCUUGUAAGCAACAUGUUGAAUUCAGAUCCCAAAGAAAGAUUUACAGCAGCACAAGUUCUAGAUCAUCCAUGGAUCAAGGAGGAUGGAGAAGCACCUGAUAAACCACUUGACAAUGCUGUACUGAAUAGGCUCAAACAGUUCAGAGCAAUGAACCAAUUCAAGAAAGUUGCUCUAAGGGUCAUUGCUGGGUGUCUAUCAGAAGAAGAAAUCAUGGGGUUGAAGGAAAUGUUCAAGGGCAUGGACACCGACAAUAGUGGAACCAUCACAAUUGAAGAGCUCAAACAAGGGCUUGCAAAGCAAGGAACAAAGCUUUCAGAACAAGAAGUUAAGCAGUUGAUGGAAGCUGCUGAUGCUGAUGGCAAUGGAACCAUAGAUUACGACGAGUUCAUCACGGCAACGAUGCAGAUGAACAGAAUGAACAGAGAAGAACAUCUUUACACAGCUUUCCAAUACUUCGAUAAAGAUAAUAGCGGGUUCAUUACCACAGAAGAACUAGAACAAGCUCUCCGUGAGUUUAACAUGCAUGAUGGAAGGGACAUCAAGGAAAUCCUUGUAGAAGUUGAUGGAGAUAAUGAUGGGCUAAUUAACUAUGAUGAGUUCGUGGCAAUGAUGAGAAAAGGAAAUACAGAUGCUGCAACAAGGAAGAGGCGUGAUUCAAAUUAUACAUAGUGGGGUGACUCUAAGGGUUGGUCUGUUUCAACCCUGUGGUUUGUUUUCCAUGGUGGAGACGCUGAUGGGUGAAUGAAAGAAUAAUGAUCUUGAAAGCAUUGCAUCAUAGGUUUGUUGGUUGGAAGGGAUAAAGUUGAGGAAUGAAUGGGAUAAGGGUAGAAACAAAAACGCUGAAAGAAAUGAGGGAAAGGGGAAGAACAUAAACUAAUCUUUGCGAAAUGUUGACACAAUAGGUGAUUGGUUGAUUAACCUCUUUUUUUUUUACUUUUUCUUUUUCCUUACAUGUCAAGGCUUGUAACAUGUCCUGUACUGUAUUGCGGCUCGCAAAAUUAGGAACUAAAAAAAGGGUGUUUGUUUCUGGA